AUGGAUGUUGCUUCUGAUGAAGAAAUAGAGCGUCUCUCAGUGGAUGUUGCUUUCAAUUUUUCAGGACUUUUACCUUCAAACUUAAUUGAUAUCAUUGUUGAUGUUCGGGGUGAACGGCCAGUAAAGAAACCUAAAAUCACACUAUACGUCGAAUUGGUACAAGAAUUAUACAGAAGAUUCAAGAAAGUGGAAUUCAAGUAUGUUCCAAGGAUACAAAAUAAGUUCGCCGAUGCUUUGGCCACUAUAUCCUCCAUGAUUCAAAAUCUAGAACAAAGCUAUAUUAACUCGUUAGAGAUAAGUUUAAAAAAACAACAUGCACAUUAUGCACAAGUUGAGGAACAACCAGAUGGAAAGCCAUGGUAUUUCGAUAUCAGGAGGUACUUUGAAGCUGGGGCGUAUUUUGAAGAUGCAACUGUCAAUCAGAAGAAAAUGAUCCGUCGGAUGGCUAAUAAUUUCUUUUUGAAUGGGGAAGUCCUUUACAGGAGGACCCUAGAUUUGGGAUUUCUGCAAUGUGCAGAUUCUAUUGAAGCUACAAAAUUACUUGAAGAAAUUCACGCCAAAAUGUAUGGACCUCAUAUGAAUGGGUUCACUCUAACCAAGAAUAUCCUAAGAGCUGGAUAUUUCUAG